AUGGACGCAGAGGCCGACGACUCCGGCGCCACGCAAGGCAUGGCGUCUUUGCAGGUGGGCGAGGCCGCAACUGCAGCAGCUGGAGCCACGGCGCCACAGCACAUCACCGUCUCGGACGAGCUCUUCGCCUCCUACGUGGAGGAUUGCCUCCUCAGCGACUUCGCUGUGGCCGCAGCCAGCGGUGCCAGGGUGCAGCUCACGCCUCGCAGCCAGAUCUGCUCGUGGGCGUUGCUGGAUGGCGUGCUCCGCCACCUCGGCUUCCGCAGCGAGCAUACUGAUGCGUGGAUGGCGCUGGGGGUCGUCCCAACUCGCUCCUCGAAGGAGCAGUCGACGGCAGUGCAGCGGCGGCUUGAGCUCGCUCGCACGCUGCUGACCCUGGCGGACGCCCAGCGGUGGCCAGAGACCGACAUCGAGCAGGCCGACGAGGGCAUGCGCCGGUUGGCGGCCGCCGCGGACACCAUCCAACGGGAGCUGGCGAGUACGUGGGGGCGUCGAGGGUUCAGUGCUCCCUCGAGGCGUCUCUGCCAGGAGCUCGGGGCCAUGGGCCUCACACUCCUCGACACCCUGCGGCCGGAGAACAGCGUGGUCGGCACGCAGUGCUCGAAUCAUCUCGGGCUGACGCCGGCGCAACUUUCGCGGGCGCUCCCUGCCGCAGAGGCGACGGACAUGUGGCUCAUCCUCUGCUCGUCCGCAUCGGACGCUUGCUGGACACGCCUGGCUGGCAAGGAGGUGAUCAUCUGGUCUCCAGCUGCCGCUGAGGAGGUCGGCCGCCUGCUGGGAGGCUACGUGCGCCACCUGGGCCAGGGGCACCGCGGCACCACGCUGCGAUUGGCGUGCCCCCUCGACGAUCUGCCCGGCUGCUCCACGCCGACGGCAAUCUUGCAGCAUUGGUCUCACCCAGGCUUGGGAGAGCGAUGGGCGGGAGUGCUGGCCAAGGUGGAAUUCAUGCUGCAGCCGCUGGAGCAGAUUAGCCCGGGCGGCCGCUUCCCGCAGGUAUCGUGGCGACCUCUGGGUUUGCUCACCUUCCAGCGCGAAGCGCUACUUGUGCUGCCGACGUCGCUGACAAUGGAGGAGCCUUGGAAGCAAGUCGCGGUGGGGGUGGCGACCAUUAGCCUCGAUUUCCCGGCGCGGACCGAAGCCAAGGUGCUGGAGGUGAGUGCUGCGGUGCUGGCAACGGGAUGGAGGCAGUCCGAACCUCGACGGAGCCCCGCCUCGCAGAAGGCGGACCCCCGACUGCGCCUCACGUUGUACUCCGGCGACGCCGCGUGCACAGGGAUGGAUGCAGCAGUCUUCGCCCGCCAGCUUCAUAAGCUGCUCCUGCCGAUGGGUGGCGUCGCCGCCCGCGACGACAUCUUCAUGGACGACACGGCGCUGAUCAUGACCACCACGGGGCCGGGGGCCCUUUCGGUGGCAGGGGGCAAUUGCCUGGAACUCCUCCCGUUGAGCACGCGGACCGCGGUGAUUCGCACCAGGCUGGACGAGACCAAGUGGGAGGAGGACAUGAGGGAGUGGCAGACCGCGGAUCCGCAGCGGUGCGUUUUUCAUCUCCGGCAUAAGCGUCUCGUCAACGGGGGGGGUCUCUGGGUCUCCGCCCCCGGGACGGCGAACAGGCAGCGGCAACUCGCGGCUCGAUGUGACGAGGUAUCGGCACGCCUCCUGGUGCAGCUGCAGGGCCCCCCUGGCCCCCGGCCAGACCACGUCGUCCAGGCGGUGGGCGACAUGAUACACAAGGCUUUAGGUCAACAGGUGAGGCGAAUCCGUCAGGACGAGGCUCUGGAAGCCUACACCCUUCGGCCCGAGCAUGGCGCAGUGGCGGGCGCCCUGACUGGACGCCUGGAGUUGGCCGUCCGCUCGCCGGCCGAGGCCCGUCACCUGCAUGAGCUUCUCCAUGGUCGUGGUCUCCAGCUGGGGGUCGAUUUGGUGUCCCUGGACGCCGGGAAACGGCCGCCGGUGCUAGGCGACCCAGCCGGCCUGCACCAGAGCCCCGGCUUAGGCCCAUAUGCAGGCGACUUCAGAGUUGCCACGUGGAACGCCCAGGGUCUCUUUGCCGCUUGUCCGCGCAGCCGUCAGGAAAAAGGCGCCCAUAUUCGCCGUCUCCUUCGCGACCACGACGCGGUCGUCGUCACGGAGACGCAUUCGACGCCAGAGGUGGAGGCGCUGAACACCCGCGAUGGGCAGGCGUAUUUUGGGGAGUUCCCGGCCUUCUGGGCGCAUGGCUCUUCUGCCAGAGCGGGAGUGGGCGUGAUCGUCGCGACUGGGUUUCUGCGGCGAUUCGCUCUCCAGUCGGACUGGCGUAUCCUUGUGCCUGGGCGCGCCGGCGAAUUGUGGCUCAACGGCGACAAUGGCGAUCUCUCCAUUUUCGCCGUCUACUUCGCCACAGGCUCAAACGAGCAGGACGAGGAAGACGCGGCGAUCACAGCCAAGACAUCCCGGCAGCGGAUGCGACGAACAGUUGCGAGUCAUAUUGCACCUGCUUCGCGGCGCCUCAGUCUCCUCAUUGGGGACUUCAAUUGGGUUGCGGACGACUUGGGUCGCAUCCAGGUCGAGGGUCACUCUCCGAGUGGCGGGCGCGACCGGAGUGAGGAACAGCACUUGGGGCAGCAGCUGCAGGGCACUGACAUGACCCUGUGGCGAAACACGGCGUACACGCACCAACAUCAGGGGGUCCUGUCUCGUCUGGAUCGGUGUUAUGCCAAUCUCCACCCCAGCUGCUUCCUCAACGAGCUGGUGGGCACGGCAGCGCUGGACUGGGCUUACUCGGGAUCGAUGGGUCGCGCGCUCAGCACGCAUCGGGCUAUCUCCGUGUUCCGCUGCGCGCCGCCAGGGGCCCGCGAUGGUGUCGCCGGGCGCGGUCUGGCUCCGGAGAUGGGGCACUGCCCGGCGUGGAGGGACCGCACGAUGCUGCUCUUCGCCGACAAGCUCGCCCACGAUAGCACCGGCGCAGCCGCAUCGCCUUUCGGGCGUCUCCGACUCCUCAAGGAGGCAAUGGCCGAGGCGGCCCUGGGCCUUCAGCGCGCCGCCCCGCGAGAGCUGCCGCAUGACGACGUUGAUGGCCGCCUGUCCUGGUCUAUGCGGGGCCUGCAGGGCGUCCGCCGUCAAGACCGCGCUUUGCUGCUGAAGAUGGCGGCGGCGGUGCCCGAACUCGCCCCCUGCCUGGCGAUGCUGCCGCUGGACGCCCAGAGGUUUUUGCAGGAUGCGGCUUAUGGCUACGCGAAGGCGCUGGCACGGGCUCAGCUCGAGGAGGUGCAGGCGGCCGUGAGGGCUGGCGCGCCCGAAGGAGAACUUCGCGGGCGGCGCCACCGGGCCUUGCAGACUCCACGCCGCCUUCGGCCGAGGUCGGAGCACGCCCUGUCGGCGAUCCAGCUGCGAGACGGCUCGAUCACCACGGACGCGCAGCGUGCUGCCCCCGCUUUGGUCCGCCACUGGGCCGAGCAUUUCCGAGCCAAAGGGGUCGGCAACUUGGAGAGGAUCUCGCCGUGGUUCGACGGGAUGCCGACCUUCGCGGAGGUGAUGCCCGAGUGCGAGGUCUCUGCCGCCCACGUUCGCCAGGCGCUGAAAGGCGCCGGCGCCACAGCCCCAGGGCCAGAUGGCAUCCCCUACAGUUUCUGGCGCGGCAUCGGCGAGGUCGGCGUCGAAGUGCUUGUGGACACCCUGCAGGCGAUGAUGGCAGAGGGCUCUGAUGAGACUAUGAUGCGCGAGUACGGCGCGGGGGACAACCGGUUCGGAUCUUGCGACUUCAACGGCAGCUUGUUGGCUUUGCUUCCGAAGAAACCAACCGGGCAAGACCCCGCAGCUGGUGCAUUUUAUGCUCCAGCAGACACACGGCCGCUCAUGCUAGUGGACACUUCGAACCGCUUGCUGGCCAGCGCCCUACGGUACGCCAUCGAGCCGGCGAUCGAGCGCCUCGUGGGCGCGAGCCAGCGGGGCUUCCUCCGCGGCCGCUCCAUCUUGGCCAACGUCCUUGACCUCGAGGCGUCGAUGCAGGUGGCGGCCCUUGAGGAUGACAUGGCGUAUGCCCUUCUCUUCGACAUGCGGGCGGCGUUCCCCGGCCUGGAGCACGACUACUUACACCAUGUUUUGGACAAGCUGGGGCUGCCGAGGGGCGUGCGCGCCGCCAUCCGCGCACUCUACACAGGGCAGCGUUGCUGUCUGGCGAUGGCUGGGCAGUGGUGGGAGGGAUUCGCCAUCACGGCGGGGAUUCGUCAGGGGCGCCCUCUCAGCCCCCUCCUCUUCGUGCUCGUCACGGAGCCGUUCAACCGCCAGCUCGACGCCGUCGAAGGCCGCCGAGCGCGCUGCGCCUUCGCGGACGAUCUCGCGCUGGUGGGCGCCGGCGGACCACGGGCGUGGCCGCGCCUGCACAGCUUGUUCGAGCUCUUCGCUGCAGUGUCGGGGUUGCACUUGAACCUGGCGAAAACUGUAUUGCUGCCGCUGUGGACGUGGCAGCCCGGGGCCGCAACCGACGCCUGGCGGCAGGCCGUGCCGGCCUGGGGGGCCGUGCGGGUCGCUCACUCUGGCACCUAUCUGGGCUUCGAAGUGGGCCCCGCGGCGGCAGACAGCGGCUGGGACGCCCCCGUGCGGAAGUUCAGGGAGGCGGUCUGCACGUGGGCGGGGCUGGCGCAGGGGAUGCAUCUGGCGACCUUAGCGUACAACGUGUUUGCAAUUUCGAAGCUGCAAUACAUUGCACAGUUGCAGGGGGCGCCACCUGAAUGGCCGUCGCUGGAGCGGUGGGCGAUCCAGAAGCUUUUCCCCGGCCCGUUCAACUGGCUCCCACCCGGGGUCGCCCAGCAAUUGCGUGAUGAAUUCCAGAUGCCGUAUCAGGUGCAGUCGCUCACUACUUCGGGGCCUGCUGCCCAGCUUCGCGUGGCCAUUGCUGGAGGUGACCAUCGCCAGCGCAUCCGCUUGGACGAGAUGCGGAUUCGGCUGCAGCGCGCCCGCUACCAUGCCAUUGCAUCGUGGGAAAUCGAUUGGAGAUGGCACAGCUGGUUCACGGGGGGGCCAGUUCAAAGGCUGCAGGCCGCGGUGGAAGACCUGUCCCGCCAGGGGGUCACAGAGGCGCGAGUGCUAGAUCAGGGGCUGGGUCGCGGACCGCGCCCGGUCACGCUCGCGACCUGGAGAAGGUCCCAGCGGCGCAUCCAAGCCUCGGCCGCGGCGCUGCUGCGGCGCCGGCACUGGCGGCUCACUGGCUUUUCGGCACUGAGCGCCAAGGACGACGUCAGGCAUUACGUCUGCUGCCCGCGGCUGUGGCGCUUCGGGGUGGACAGGCUUGGCCUGCGCGACCCUGGCAGUUCCGAGGCCCGCACCACUCGGGCGCUCUUGUGGCAGGUCGGGGCCGCCCCUGACGAGGUCGCCGGAGUAGCCACGAUGAUCGCAGUGGGGUACAAGGCCCACACCACGCUCUGGCACACUGCCGGACCCCGUCUGGACGUCUCGCGGCUCUUCGGCGAGAUCCUGCGACAGCUGCAAGAGCCGCGGCCACGGGCUG